UCACGACAUACGAAAUGUGGUGACGUAGAACACAGCGGAAGUUGGAAUUAGUGAGAUACUGCUGAAAUUUAAUAUCACAUUGUCAGCUUGUGGUAAAAACGACCAGAUCCUUUGCCAAAUAGUGUUGCAGUUCAGUUGUCCAAUUACAACUUUCAUUCAUUAUUUCUUUACUGGUUUAAGAGAGACGUGAAUAAUAAACAAUGGGAAAGAAAAGUAAAAAGAAUAAAGAAAAGCCAGCUGCAGCUUCUCCUGAACAUAAGGAAUUAUCUAAAGGUGAAAAGAAAGAAGUCUUGGAUACAGUUAAUCAGCUGUUAGAAGUUUGUUCUAAUCCUGUGAAUGCAGCUGGUCCAAAAGAGUUGGAGGAGUAUAUGAAGAUCAAGGCUCUAGUUGAAAAAGUUAUAGAUUUACAAUCAGGUCUAUGUACUCCUGCAGUAGACAGAGAGAAGAAUUUCCCAGGAUUUAUAGAAUGGUUACAUAGUAAUGGUGUAGAAACAAGUGUUGUAGAUAUAAAGAACUUUCCUGGUUGUGGAUUUGGCUUACAAGCCACCAAAGAUCUCAAAGAAGCUGAUCCAUUUUUAACCAUACCUAGAAAAGUCAUGAUGACAACACAAACAGCCAGAGAUUCAGUAUUGGGACCAUUAAUUGGGCAAGAUAAAAUGUUACAAGCCAUGCCAAGUAUACUACUAGCCCUCCACCUGCUCUGUGAGAAGAAGAUGCUUGAAUCAUUCUGGAAACCUUACAUUGAUAUGAUAAAUGUAUUACCAGAUUCAUAUUGCACACCACUCUACUUUACAGAGGAUGAAAUUAAACUUCUAAAAGGCUCUCCUGUACAAAGUGAUUGUUAUAAUCAGUUGAAAAACAUAGCCAGACAGUAUGCCUACUUUUACAGGUUAUUUCAGAAUCUACCAGCAACAUCAAAGCUGCCAAUUAAAGAUUGUUUUACAUUUGAAGAUUACAGAUGGGCAGUUUCAACAGUUAUGACCAGACAAAAUCAGAUUCCAACACCAGAUGGCAGUAAGAUCACAUUUGGUCUGAUACCAAUGUGGGAUAUGUGUAAUCAUUGUAACGGAACAAUAACAACAGAUUAUAACAUGGAAUCGGACUGCAGUGACUGUUUUGCCUUGAAGGAAUUUAAACAAGGUGAACAGAUCAGUAUAUUUUACGGGGCCAGAUCUAAUGCAGAGUUAUUGGUACAUAAUGGAUUUGUUUACCCAGAGAAUGAUAUGGAUAGAACAGCUAUUAAAUUAGGAAUUAGUAAAAGUGAUAACCUUAUUGACAAAAAGACCAAAUUAUUAACAGCUCUUGGUUUAGCUCCGUCCAGAAUGUUCUUUAUUUACUCUGGAGAGAUCCCUGUGGAUACACACCUUGUAUCUUUUCUUAGAGUAUUUAAUAUGACAGAAGAUGAAAUCUCCUGUUAUGACUGUGAGAACAUGUCAGAAGAGGAUCUAGAAAAGAUGGGGGAUGUCAACACACUAAUAAAUGCAGAGAAUGAGGAAAAAUUGUGGAAAUUCUUAGAAACUAGACUGGCAUUGCUACUGAGGGCUUAUGAUACCACAGCAGAGGAGGAUGAAAAUUUGUUUAAGGAAGCUGGUAUAACAGACAAUAAACUAUUUAUAAUACAGUUAAGGAGAUGUGAGAAACUUAUUCUGCAACAUGCUGUUCAAUUUGCUACAGAGAAAAAAAGUGACAUUGUUCAAAGUUCAAAGGACAGCAAACAGAUUGAAUCUAAAGAAAAAGAUGUGGAAUCUUAAGAUUUAUUUUAAAGAAAUGUACUGCAUUUUUAAACAUAUUUAAUAUGGAAAGAUUAGAAAUUUCAAAUAUUCAAGUACUUUUAAAGUGCUUUAAUUUGUUGAUUCCAAUUUCUAAAUGUUUGUGGAAAAUAACUUUAUUUUUCCGGAUAUUGGAAAAGGAGUAGGUCCGGUAAGGACCGAUUUUGGCCUCAAAUUUCAGGUUCAUCUGACGAAAUAUUUUGACCACUUUUUAAACACUUGAGUGUCUAUUUCAUUUGAAUCAAUUAGUUUAUAUCAAAGAUUUUAACUGAUUAAGUCAUUAAAAACGAUCCGAUUCAAGCUCAAAUAUGAAAAAUCAACCAAAUAUGCCGAAAAAUGUCACUAUUCAGAUGGUUUUUGUCAAAAAUGAAAGUAGCCCCAUCCGUGUUCAUCCUCAACCUUUAGAUAUGUUAUGUAUUUUCAUAAAAUACAACUUACAUUUCAAUAUUAAGGAUGAACACGAAUGCGGCCACUUUCGUUUUACACGAAAACCGUCUAAAAUUUAACUAAAAUGCUAGAAUUGUGAAGAGUUUAGUAAUUUAGCAUGACUAUAUGGUGCUAGUACCCGAUAUAUGUGCAUUUUUAUGUUAAAAAAAAAACAUAUUUAUGUAGCAGAAGCAUUUUCCUGUCCAAUAAAUAACUAAAAGUUUACAUUUUAACAACUUUGUAAAACUGCUAUAUUUUUGGGCCAAAAGGGGGUCUUACUGGACCUACUCCUUUGCAAAAACAAAAAUCAUAGGAAUAAUAUGCAUUUUGAUGGGAAACAAAAUUUCCAUUUUAUUGACCACAAAGUCUAAAGAAGAUUUGAAUCCCAAAAAUUAAACUACUGUCAAAUUACAGUGUAACUAUCUUAAAGGCAUGCUGCCCAAUUUCAACGAUCAAUGUUAUAUUGCAUAUUAUUUUGUAUAUAUGUAUUAACCUUUCUCAAGGGAACACAAUUAUUUGAACAAAAAGAAAUAUAUUUGAAUCAGGCUUUGUUGGCUUUUUUUUUGGCAUAUUUUGUUGGCUUUUUUUUUUUUGCAUCAUGAGAUGAUGAUUGUGUUUAUUAUGCUUAGGCAGCUCAUUUUUUGUUGGCAUUAAAAUCAUGAUUUAAAAAACUAUGCACAAAUUAUGCAAAAUGUCGUUUUAGUGGGUUCAAUAUUAUAAAAAAUGCAUUACAUCAAUAUUUUUUAUUUAGGUGUGAUAUUUAUGUCUGUUUAUUCAAAAUAUUUCAAUUAACCUUAUUACCAAUGUUAACCUGUAAGAUUAAACUAAACUUCAGUUUAUUUUUCUACAUAAACAAAUGUCACUUUAUAUGCAUUUAAUAGAAUUAUACUGCAAUUGAAGUUUGGGGAGGACUUCAAAUAAAGCAUCUUUUGAUCACACAACUCCUGUGAGCAUUCAAAAACAUCUACAAUAUUUUAUGACCAACAAUGAGUGAAUUUUCCAUUUAUUAGUUUCAGAAAGAAUCUAAAAAUCUAAAAAUAAGGGCUACUUCCUCAAGCCAUGAAUUGCAACCAUGAAUAAAAGUAUUUUAGAGUAUUUUGAUAUUUGUGUCAAAGUGGAUUGUUAUAAUGAUUAUGCAAUAAUUUUAAU